GAGACAGAGAGAGAGGGAGAGAGAGAAUGAAACUGAUAAGAAAAUAGCAGUGGUGUGAUUUGCCCCCAUAUACUUUGUCUACAGCAUUACUGUUGUUCUCUUAAGCUGAACCAGGCUUCAGCAAUAGUGCCAGUGCUCUUCGUAGGUAGAGUCAUGUCUACCAUGAUUUUGUGCUACUUUAACAAAAACAACCUUAUACCUGUUUUUACUCCUUUUCACUGAGGUGAAUUCUGAUGUACAGUAAUUCUCAUCCAUGGAAACCAAUGGGUACCAUUCCAUUUAUCUAAACUAGCAGUUGUGCUUCUGGGAAUUUGCCUAAAGAAAGCACUGGGCAGUGCAGAAAGAUCUAUGGGAAAGGAUGUGGCAGUCUUGGCAAUACCCUUCUCCUUCCUAGGAAUUACCUAAAUGGCCAUCAUUAGGAGGGAGUCGGAGGGUGGCCUCAGGUGAUCAUGGCUAUCCCUGGUUGUGGAAGCUCCAUGUCAUGGUGGGUGUCAUACGAGAUGACUGCAAUGGGCUGUGGCGACCGCCCCACCUCAUUUCCUUCACACUGUCCCUGUGCUGGGCCAUGACAUUGAACAGGCUUGGGGCAGUCUGCAGUGGAAGAUCUGAGUUUAGACUGGUGGCAGAGGAGACAACCACGUUUUCUUUUGUUCAUACACUUGGUUUCAUUGACAUGUUAACCACAGGAGAGGGGAAAAGGCCACAGCGUGUAAGGAAGCACGCUGGCUAUCGGAGCAUAAAAGAGGCUCACGGGGAGCCAGGACCUCACUCUCUCCUUGUCCAGCUCACCAGGACCUCAGCCAUGAGACUGCUCAUCCUGGCCUGCCUUGCCGUCUGCUGUCUCACCGUGCAUGUUGUAGAAGGUGUGGGCAGUGAAGUCCCGGAUAAGAGUAUCUGUGUGAGUCUAACCACCCAACGACUGCCUGUGAACAGGAUCAAGACCUACACCAUCAAGGAGGGCUCCAUGAAAGCCGUGAUUUUUAUUACCAAACGUGGCCUGAAAGUCUGUGCUGAUCCACAGGCCAAGUGGGUGAAAGCAGCGGUCAAGAGUGUGGACAGCAAGUCCCAAACCAAAAGUAACCUGCUUCAGACCAAGCCAACGGGAACCCAGCACUCCACAAACACAGAUGUGACCCUCACUGGGUAGUGGCCUUCCGGUACCUUGUCCCCUCACCCGACGGCCAGCUCAUUUCACUUUACAAGUUCAUGGAGUAAUUAGGUUGUACUCACCUUUUAUGACAGUGCUGC